UUCAGGAUUGAGUUUAUUUCAUUUCUAUCCGCAUCUUUCAUUUUUGCUACAGCGAUUUCAGAAAGUAAUAACUCAAUUUUUGUGCAGGUAUUUUUACAGCUCAGCAUUCAUUCAGCAUGAAGGAUUCGUUUGAGUAAAUUAAUCAGUUUAAUAGCUGAAAAAACUCAGUGGGGCAUAAUUAAAUUUGUUAUAAUACUUUUAAAUGCAAGGUGAGUUUAACAAAUGAAAGGAGAUGCUGGACUUGAAUCCAUCCUUUUUCUGUAUGAUCUGCAGUAGCAAAUAACAACGGAAAAGAUGCAUCUACCCUCUAAAGUUUUGUGGCUUUUCAUCUUUAGGAUAGAUGGACCUUAAGGUGUUUUUCUCUUUGGUUUUUGCUGCCCAAACAUGGAUUUAGUGUCUCAGUCAUUCUGUAAAUACAUGGAGUAUUAGCUUGGGGAGCCCAAACUGCUCCCAAAAGAACUGGUGCAAAAUGAAUGUCUCAGCUGGAGCUCGGAAAUAAUUCAGACUUUGACCAGAAUAGCUAAAUAAAAACAGCAGUCACAGCCGGAAUGUUCUUCAUGAUUUAUGGAGACCAGCUUCUGUCAGAUUUCUACUAUCAUAUCGGUUCAAGUUUCUUUUUUUUCCUGGAGCCAGAUUUCUUCUUUUGGUUGUGUUUGGACUGCGUGAGCCCCCCUGGCAGCAGGUGCAUGCAUCAGCCCACACCGGCUGCAAGAUGGUCCAUUUCAUUUUGAGCGGAGCUCCGAUGGGCUGACUGCUCCUCCCGCGCCUGCCUCUCACGGGCCCCUAAACCAGUGUCUCCAAAUGUUGCUGUGGUUCAGGUGGACUGUGUGGCCCUCCUUCUGUCAGGAGAAUAACCUAUUUUCAGACAAGAGUUCUUUUUGAAACCAUGCGUCCUCUUUUAUCUCCUUUUUAUGGCUGCAAGAAAAUAGGCCAUCGAUUGAACUUGUCCCAUUUCAGCUCCGGGCAAAAUUGGAUUUUUAAACGAGCGGCGUUGUGCACCUCUGACCAGACGGCCCGGGCGGUUGAUCACGAGGAGUGAGACGCAGGUCAGAGUGCGCAACGGCGCAGCCCCGAUUCCUCCUCCGCAGCUUCCGCGCGGCGCGCAGGUGUAGGCGAGGAGGAGAGGAAACGCGCGCAGGACGGACGGAGACGGAGUCUGGGAUGAUGAUCGCUUCCAUGUGAAGAGCAAACACUUCCCUCCUGUCGUCUGUGCGGAGCGGCACGUCGGUUUCUCUGGAAGACAAAAGUUUGACUGUAAGAAAAAAUGCUGUUCUGCUGCGCUCAUGUUUCUGUGCGCAGAGCUGUGGAUUCUGGCGUGAGCGGCCAGUCGUCACUGGAGGAAUAACUGUCGUCCUUUUGGUCCUAAUUUCGGUGACAGUUGCGACGGAGGGGCUUUUAUUCUGCGCGUCAUCUCGCUCGGGAUUGCAUCCAUUUGAAUUACCGUCGUGCAGCAUCAUCAUGGACUUCCUCGGACUGUACUUUCUGCAGCUGGCUCUCCUGGGAGUCCCACGUCUGGCUUUGUCUGCAGGCGGGAGCGACUGUCUGCAAGCUGGAGACACCUGCUCCAGUGACGACACCUGCAGCCCGCGACUGCGCACCCUCCGGCAGUGUGUGGCAGGAGACGGCAGCGUGAAACUUGGGCCUGGAGCGCGGAACCAGUGUGACAAUGCCAUGAAGGCGCUCCUGUCCACACCUCUGCAUGGCUGCCAGUGCAAACGUGGAAUGAAGAAGGAAAAGAACUGCCUGAGCAUCUACUGGAGCCUUCACCAGUCGGUGCUGCAUGGAUUCAGCCUGGUGGAGGGUUACCCGUAUGAGCCAGAGGACAAGGCCUCUGACUACGUCCGGCUGGCCUCCAUCGCUGCAGAGUCUGAGGUAACAACAGUGAACCGCUGCCUGGAUGCUGCCAAGGCAUGUAACAUAGAUGAGACGUGUCACAAGCUUCGCACAGAGUACGUGUCGUCCUGCAUUCAGCCGUCAACGCACUCUGGGCCCUGUAACCGACCAAAGUGCAAUAAGGCGCUGAGGAAGUUCUUUGACCGCGUUCCUCCCAACUACACUCACGAGCUGCUGUUCUGCCCGUGCACUGACACGGCAUGCGCGGAGCGCCGCAGGCAAACCAUCGUGCCAUCCUGCUCCUACGAAGAGAAGGACAAGCCCAACUGCCUGAUGCAGCUGCGGAUCUGCAAGUCAGACUACAUCUGCAGGUCCCGCUGGAGGCAGUUUCAGCAUGAUUGCGAGCCGUCAGAGCUGAGCGCCAGCGGCUGCAAGCAGGACAACUUUGGAGCAUGUCUUCUGGCCUACAAUGGCCUGAUAGGAAGCACAAUAACACCCAACUAUCUUGACAACUCCACAUCCAACGUGGGGCCCUGGUGCUCGUGCACAGCGAGUGGGAACUACAGGGAUCAGUGCGGCGACUUCCUCGCUUUUUUCCAAGACAACGUUUGCCUGAAAAAUGCCAUCUUAGCUUUCGGAAACGGAUCAGACGUGAAGACCAGUGAGAAUCAGCAAGGAAUGCCCAGUCCGGCUGCAGACAGCCACAGCCCACACUUGUCAACUGCCGCUCCAGGCGUCUCCAUGGAAACAGAGCACAAUGUUCUACGAGCACAGAUACCUACUCAGGUCAAUGAGAACGACAGAUUGUGGGGCGACGAAGGUGACUCCACUCUUCCCUCCCUCUCUGGUGGGGGCGUGAAGCCCCCCUGCAUCUCCCCGCUGCUCCCCCUGUGCUGGCUGCUGUUCCUGCUGUCCCGUCCAUAAGAGACCGCACUGAGCUUGCGUUCACAGACUGAGCUCCGGAUCCGGGUGGAGGACAGAGGAGUGAGAUGGAGCUUGACUGGAAAACAUCCAUUUCUUUGUGUCAGAUGAUGUUGGGGGAGAAGGGUCCACGCUGCCCCGCCCCCUGUCCUUUGUCACUAAAAUCACAUUAUCUCUUUUUGUGAAUCAUGACUCAGAGCAGAUGUGUUGUGAACCCUGCGCCCCUGAACGAGCGGCGCCCCAUGGGAAAAAACAGGAAACACACCCAACAUACCCAGCUUCACGCCUGCCCAGGCACAAACUCUGACACCAACAAGGCCGGCGCUCAUCUGACAGUAACGUCCACGUGAUUCAGAAAGUGUACAGCAGAGAGACGCUGACGGUGUUGUGCCGGAAAUGUCCAAAAAAAAAACAACAUAUAAAUA